AUGUGGUACAGAGUUGCGAAAGCUUCAGAGUAUCUAGUGAUCACCGGGGCAGGGAUCGACGACAUAAAGCUUGCAAAGAAGGCAUGGAUCCUCCCCGGACAAUCCCACACCGUCUUCGACUUGUCCCCAGUCAACUACACCUUCGAAGUCCAAGCCAUGAGCUCUGAGAAGCUCCCCUUCGUCCUCCCCGCUGUCUUCACCAUCGGCCCCCGCGAGGACGACAUGCCCAGCCUCCAUAAAUACGCCAAGCUCCUUUGCAGCCACGACAUGGCCUCCAACCACGUCCAAGAACUCGUCCAGGGCAUCAUCGAGGGAGAGACGCGGGUCCUCGCUGCCUCAAUGACGAUGGAGGACGUGUUCAAGGGGACCAAAGAGUUUAAGCAAGAGGUGUUUGAUAAGGUUCAGUUGGAGCUGAACCAAUUCGGGCUUCUGAUAUACAAUGCGAAUGUGAAACAGUUGGUGGACGUCCCGGGGCAUGAGUAUUUUAGUUACUUGGGCCAGAAGAUACAGAUGGAGGCAGCGAACAAGGCUAGGGUUGACGUGGCGGAGGCGAAGAAGAAAGGGGAGAUAGGGUCCAAAGAGAGGGAGGGGAUGACCCUGCAGAACGCGGCGAAGAUUAAUGCGGAGACUAAGAUCUAUGCGACACAGAGGGAAGGAGAGGGGAAGAAGGAGGAGAUAAAGGUGAAGUCGGAGGUGAAGGUGUAUGAGAACAUGAGGGAGGCUGAGGUGGCGGAGGCGAAUGCUGAGCUGGCUAAGAAGAAGGCAGUGUGGACUAAGGAGGCGAAGGUGGCGGAGGUGGAGGCAGCGAAGGCUGUGGCGUUGAGGGAUGCGGAGCUACAACAGGAGGUGGAGAAGAUGCAUGCCUUGUCUAAGACAGAGAAGCUUAAGGCUGAUCUCUUGAGUGAGGCCACUGUUGAGUAUGAAACCAAGAAACUAGAGGCAGAUGGAGCGUUGUUCCAAAAACAAAAGGCAGCAGAGGCAGAGCUUUUUACCAAGAAGCUAGAGGCUGAAGCACGACUCUAUGCCAAGAAACUAGAGGCUGAGGCACAAAAGGCAAUUGCAGAGACCCAACUUUAUGCCAAGAAACAAGAGGCCGAGGCACAGAAGGCAAUCGCAGAGGCACAACUUUAUGCCAAGAAACUCGAGGCUGAGGGGCUCAUGGCUCUUGGGCAGGCUGAGGGUGCAUAUCUUCGCAGUCUUCUGGAAGCAGUUGGAGGCAACUACAAUGCCACCAGGGACUUCAUGAUGCUCAAGAAUGGGACGUUUCAAGAAAUCGCUAAGAUUAAUGCCGAGGCUGUUAGGGAACUUAAACCCAAUAUUAGCAUUUGGAAUAAUGGCGGCGGAGACAGCGGUGCCAAUGGGGCCUUCAAGGAGGUUGCUGGAGUUUACAAGAUGUUGCCACCAUUGUUGAAGACAGUUCAUGAACAAACUGGCAUGUUGCCUCCGUCUUGGAUGGGCACUUUGUCCAAUUCUCCUUCUACCAACUCGACUCUCGAUAGCAACUAA